AUGCCUGGCCAUGCGCUGCUGAGCAGCAUGCUGCUGGUGGUGAUGGCGCAUCUCUCGCGCGCCGAUGGAGCAGUAGGCACGGGUAAGAGCAAGAUCUCAGCCGUCUUCAUGUUCGGCGACUCGAUCGUCGAUCCAGGCAACAACAACAACCGGCUGACGGAGGCGAGGGCCAACUUCCCGCCGUACGGGCAGGACUUCCCUGGCGGGAAGGCCACCGGGAGGUUCUCCAAUGGCAGGGUUCCUGGGGACAUGCUAGAUUCUAAAUUAGGAGUCAAAGAGUUCUUACCACCGUACAAUGGAGAUGAUCUUGAACUAAGUGACCUACUUACUGGUGUCGCAUUUGCCUCUGGAGGCAGUGGAUAUGACCCCUUAACUUCAAUACCCGCAACUGCUACUUCAAGUACUGGGCAACUUGAAUUAUUUCUUGAAUAUAAGGAGAAGCUAAAAACUUUAGUCGGAGAGGAGGAAGCCACACGUGUUAUCUCUGAAGGCAUUUACUUUACUGCCAUGGGUGCAAAUGACAUUGCAAAUAAUUAUUUUUCAAUUCCACUGAGGCGCCAUCAAUAUGAUCUUCCUUCCUACGUGAAUUUUCUUAUCUCUUCCGCGGUAAAUUUUACUAUGAAAUUAAAUGAUUUUGGUGCAAAGAGGAUUGGAUUCUUCGGCAUUCCGCCAAUUGGAUGUUGUCCGUCCCAAAGAAAACAUGGAUCAAGAGAAUGUGACACGCUUCAGAAUCAAGCAGCAGAAUUAUUCAAUUCUGGAAUAGAAAAGGAAAUUGAACGAUUAAAUGCAGAACGAAAUGUUCAUGAUUCAAGGUUUGCUUAUCUUGAUAUAUACUACAACCUUCUUGAUCUCAUUAAACAACAUGAUUUUUAUGGUUUCAAGGAGGUAACUGAGGGGUGUUGUGGCAGCAAUGUGCUAAAUGCGGCAAUAUUCAUUCAAUACCACCCUGCAUGUCCAAACGCUUAUGACUAUAUUUUUUGGGAUAGCUUUCAUUGUACUGAAAAGGCCUACAACAUUGUGAUUGAUGAGAUCUUCCAGCAAAACCUACACUACCUAAUGUGA